AUGAAGGAAUCCGAGGUGAUCAGUAAGAUUGAGGAGGUGUUUGGAAUAGAGGAUCCGGCCAUUUUACCCGAGCGUGUGAGAGGAGUGAUUGGUGAGAUCCUUGAAGGCGGGGUGUUUCCGAUAUCUCAUCCGUUCUAUGCAGACUUCAUAAACCUUGCUUUCGAUGUUCUCUAUCCGGACACGCAACAAGCAGGGGAGUUAUUGAAAAGAUCUGGAUUCACUAGAGACCAGCUUGAAAAGACAGGGCUCAAGAAGCUGGAUGAUAUGGCACGCAGCAUUGAUCUGGGAGACGGAAAAAAUCAUUCGGAAGGGGAGGACUCAAAGCCAAAAAGAAGAAAGAAGGUUUCGUGGGGAGAAAAUCUAAUCCAGAUCAAGGAGAUAGAAAGGACUGUGAUGGAUCCCGAGGUAGAUCACCUCAUCUCAGGUACCAGGAACAGUAGGGUUUUGGAGAAAUCCCCGGAUAUCCUCGAGUGGAUUACCCCAGAAAGGCUUGAUAAUGAAUGUGGCAUGGUUAAGUCCCCCGGAUGCCUGGAACAGGAAAGGAGAGAGUCCAUCUCAAUGAGGGUGUGUAACACAGAAGAGCACAGGAAGUUCUCGCCAACGCAAUGCAUGGGCGUAGGGGAAGACAACGAGCCAAUAACAAUCCCUGUCAUAGGCUUUGUGAAGAACAAAAUGCCUGACUUUGACUUCAAGAAGAUAGUUGAGGACAGAUUUAAUAACAUGAUGAGCAUCAACGAAAUUCUGGAAGACACAAGUGUUGUAAACGCUCUUCUUGGAAAAAACUAG